CGCAAAGUGACGUGUGGACGAUGGGGUCGCCUCGGCAGCAGCAGCAGCAGGCGCGUGGGAAUGAGGUGGACAAUGCGUACCGCAGCAAUGGAGAUCGUGGUGGUUAUGGUGGCGGUGGUGGGAAGAUUAGGGAGUAUCCAAAGCAUAGAUCGCAGCACAUGGCGUCUGCAGGGCCGUACCACAGCAGCCCGCAACGAGGGUCAUCCUACGGUGGUGGUGGUGGUGGUGGUUGGCCCCAGCCACAUGAAGAACGGGGGCGGUAUCAAUCGAACGCAUCGGCUCCUGAUGUAGGUAGUUCCGCAGGGCAUGCCGCGCGGGACAGUGGUCGUCGGGUGUAUGUGGGGAACUUGUCGUGGGACGUCAAGUGGAUGAAUCUGAAGGAUCACAUGCGCAGAGCGGGGGAAGUGGAUCACUGCGAUGUCUUGGUGGAAGCGACUGGUCGAUCGAAGGGAUGCGGCUUGGUCACAUAUCGCACGGUGGAGAUGGCUAGAGAGGCCAUUCGGACGUUGACGGAUACGGAGCUGAUGGGGCGCAAGAUUUUCGUGCGGGAAGACCGGGAGGACGGAGCGAUGGGGCCGCCACCGCCGGCUUCGUCGUCGUUGCCGUUCGCUGGGAACGGAGGGGGGUACCCUUCGCAGAGUGGAGGACGCCCGAGUCCGUAUUCCAGUGGAGGUGGGCCCCCGCAGGCAGGGGGGCCAAUCAAAACGUCACGGGUGUACGUGAGCAACCUGUCGUGGAGUGUCAAGUGGCAGGAGCUCAAGGACUUUAUGAAACAAGCGGGCAACGUCAUCCAAGCCGAUGUGUUGGAAGAGCCCAGUGGUCGGUCCAAGGGAUGCGGGUUGGUUGAAUUUGACUGUCCGGAAGCCGCCGAACGGUCCAUCCGUAUGUUCAACGACACGCAGUUUGGCGACCGCAAGGUGUUCAUCCGGGAGGACCGAGAAGCGACUCGCAGACCGGGCAGCAGUCUCCGUCCUCCUCCAUCGGGGUUUCCUAGGGGGGGUGGCGGCCCACCUCCCUCGCGCGGCGCCGACCGGGGGCCCCCUCCUCGGUUUGAAAGCGGCCCGUCAUCUGGUCGAGGAUUCGACGUAGCGCCUCAAAGGGGUUAUGAUGUUCCCCCAUCCAGGGGCUAUACUUCCUCUGCACCCCCUUCCAGGGGAUACGAAUCUUCUGCCCCGUCGAGGGGAUUUGAUGCUGCUCCCCCUUCGAGAGGAUAUGACGCUGUUGUCCCUCCUUCGAGGGGAUAUGAUUCUACCACCCCUUCCAGAGGAUUUGAUGCUGGACCUAGCUCCCGAGGGUAUGACGGGGGUUCGCGAGGUUACGACCCGUACAACGCCCCUGCUGCAUCGACUUCUCAGCGCUUUGACAACAACCCCCCUCCCCGCAGCUACGACGUGUACGACCCUCCCAGCGUGGCGCCGCUUUCUCGUCCACGCUACGACAGCGCUCCUCUCUCUCGUGAGAAUCCUGGUGGAUUCGAAGCCUAUGAACCUGCUUUCGUCCCGCCGACUCGGGGACCUUCCGCGUACUCUUCGCCGCCAAGGGAUGGACGGCCUUCCGCGUACGACCAGCCCAGUCGCGGGUAUGAGCCCAGGUCAUCGUACCCCCCGUCGUCGUCGUCGCCUCCUCUUGCCACGUCCAAGUUGUUUGUGGGAAAUGUUCCGUUUGAUGUGUCAUGGCAAGACAUGAAAGACUUGUUUCGAUCGGUGGCCAAUAUUGACCAUGUGGAGAUUCCGUCCGCCGCCGACGGCCGCGCCAAAGGAUAUGCGCUGGUGCAAUGCUCGUCCAUUUCUGAUGCCCAAGCAGCCAUAGCAAGACUGCACAACUCGGAGUUUAAGGGGCGAUACUUGGAAGUGCGGAUGGACCGGCCUCGAUUCGGUUAACACUCAAGCGUUGUCAUUGUCGAUAUCCCCUGCCAACAAGAUGGUUUCCAACAGGGCGCGAAAUCGCUUGCGGGCCUACGAGGACAGGUUAAUCGGACGAGUAGGAGGGAAUAGCAGUUAUAGUAGUAGUAAGCACAUACCAAAUACCCCCGAACAAAUGCUUGCAA